UUAAGUGAUCAAUAUUUGAUGAUAUUUUUUGGAGAUGGGUAGACGGAGCUCGAAGAGAAAACCAGCUCCGAAAAAGAAGAUUUUGGGAACCCUGGAGACACAAUUCACUUGUCCUUUUUGCAACCACACAAACUCAUGUGAUGUGAAAAUGGAUCGAAUUAGGAAUCUUGGAUCUAUCAAAUGCAGAGUGUGCCUAGAAGAUUACCAGACUACAAUUAACUACCUCUCGGAACCCGCAGAUGUUUACUCGGAUUGGAUCGAUGCAUGCGAAGAGGCCAACAACUAGAAAAAACUGCCAUCAUAUCGAUCACUUUUUCCAGCCUAAUGUGCCAUGUCUGAAGUUAAGUCGGCUCAGUGGAAAGAAUUUCAAAAGUUGUUUCUACCUAAUUUAUCAUGCGACGAUUGUACAAUUUGGUCUCGAGCUUUGAUUGCUGUAAUAGAAAUUUGUUUUUGGUCUCAUUUUGUUGUGUUUUAUCUACUAGUCUUUGAUUUUCUAAAGAAAUUUAUAAUAAAAGUAUUGUUUUAUU